AUGCUCGAAGUAUACUGUGACCCUUGCACGGUCAACAGCCGCAAGGUUCUGGCAGGCCUCGACCUCUUGGGCACCCAAUACCACUUCAACCAUAUCGACUAUUUCACGAACGAGCACAAGAGUCCCGAAUACCUGAAAAUCAAUCCACAUGGCACUGUGCCAGCUGCGGUUGAUGGGGAUCUGCAGAUCACUGAGUCCAAUGCCAUUCUGCAGUACGCCGCGGAUGACUGUGGCUCGAUGUAUCCGAAAGACCCCAAACAGCGAUGUGCUGUGAACCGCUGGCUUCUGUGGGAAGCCUCGGUCUGGUUUCCCAGCUGCUACAUAUAUCUGGUGGAAUAUGUAGUGAAGCCACUUCUCCAGGCUGAACCCGAUCAAGCAGCCAUUGAUGCAGAAGCACCAAAGUGGCACAAGCAUGCCGCCAUCCUCGACGAACAGCUGUCUAAAACCAAGUGGCUUGCUGGCGACGACGUCACCAUCGCCGACAUUGCCGUUGCCGCUCCUAUGCACCUGCAUGCCGCCCAACGCCUGCCGCUCGAGAAGUAUCCCCACCUCACGCGCUGGCUGACGGACCAAGUCGAAAAGCUGCCUCAGUGGCAAAAGACCCAAGCCGCUGUCGACAAAGCCUUGUUGCCAGGUAAGGCUACCACAGCUGCAUUUACCCGCGCUAAUUUCAACUACACCAAGGACGUUGAAAAGCGGACGGAGCUUUAUUUCUACGAGUGCGAGGCUGCAAAGGAUAUCCAUGAGCCUGGGGAUGAUCCGCACGAAAUGACUGUGACGGACGGAUGGCACAGAGCCGACUCUUUCUCUGUCGACAAGGAAGGAUUCUCGCUUAGCCACUUCAAGACGGGAUUUGAAAACUGGGAAGACGAGGCUUCAGUUCGCGAGCAGUUCUACCCCGAAAUAGUGGAAUUCUUAAAGAACACCACAGGCGCCCUGCGUGUGCUCGUCUUUGACCAUACUAUCCGCACGCAACGGAAUGAAGCCAAGAAGCUGACCCAAGAGACGAAUACUUCGCAGCGUGCACCGGUCAUGCUGGUGCAUUGUGAUUACACUGCCGAGUCCGGUCCUGCCCGUGUCCGCCAGCUAUUGCAGGAUGAGGCUGAGGACCUCCUUUCUCGACGCGUGGCAUUCUUCAACGUAUGGAAGCCGCUUCACCACACCGUUGAGGAGCGACCAUUGGCCAUGUGCGAUGUCUCUUCGGCUCCAAUGGAGGACUUCUUCAAGCUGUACCUCCAGUAUCGUGAUCGCGUUGGCGAGAACUAUGUCAUGCGCCAUUCACCCAAUCAUAAGUGGUGGUACUUCCCUAAGAUGACGCCGGAACAGGUGAUUACUCUGAAGACAUAUGACUCUGAGACGGACGGGCGUGCUCGGUUUGUAGGACACAGCGCAUUUGAGGAUCCAAACUCUCCCCCCAAUGCACCCAUCCGCGAGAGCAUUGAGAUCCGUACCAUUGCUUUCUUCUGA